UGUCCAAAUAGGUGUCCAAGUGUCCAAAUAGGUGUCCAAGUGUCCAGAUAGGUGUCCAAGUGUCCAGAUAGGUGUCCAAGUGCACCAUAACACUGUUUUCAGCACUUCAUUUAAAUAUUCUGCAAGCAACCUUACGUUUAAUAUCAUUUUAGAAGAGCAAUUAAUUCACUUAAUUAUUUCAGUCCAAAAUUAUUUAAAUCAAAUUUAAUCAUUCCCUCCCCGUUUAGUCAUAGUUUUGUUCCGCUAGGGUUGGUCCACACUAUCUUCUACCUGUAGGUACACUCCUAGUUUAAAUCACACAGAAGUCACAAAUGAAUGAAAGUGAUUAGUGAUGUCAAAACAUGUUAAUUUAAACAAGCAAAAUAACUCAAAAACAUGACCCCCAAAAAUGACUGAAACUCAUGGUAUUCUUCAGAAGCAUAAUAUCAGAUAUCCAUUACUAACUUAGUGGUUUUAAACCACAUAUACCCUGUUUUUGAAGUGUUGGUCAUGAUUAUUGAUUGGUCGUGAUUGGUCAUGAUUGGUCGGCAUUUAGUAUCGCCCCAUCUGGGCUUGCACUUUUAUGAAAAUGCCGCCAUGUUGGAUUAUAAUCGAAAAUUUCGUGACACAAAUUGGGUCAUUGUGGAACCAAAACUGGACAGAUUUUCAUCUAACUACUUUCAAAAGAUUGUUAGGAGACUGGACAAUUGGAAUAUGAUGGUGUGGACAUUCAUAAAGUACGAACACAGGGAGUAAUAUAGGCCGAAAGCCUAAGCAUGAUACCGCUUCGUCGCUACACAGUAGUCUUACAUCCAUGUAAAUGAAUGUACAUGCUUAUACAUGUAUACAGUGUCCGUGUUUAUCACCUAAAAAACUCACUUGUUGAGGAGGGUGCACAGUUGGUGAAUAUGAUCGAAAACAGCAUCAGCUCGGCCUGCUGUCAACAACUGAUAGUGGUUCAGAUGACGAUGAUGCCAUUUGUGGUGCCCCACUCGAUCCAGGUGAUUGCAGAAAAUGAACGAGAACUGCCCUCUACUUCUAGAACUUCUAAGUUUGUGAUGUCUAUCUAUCUACUAGCUUGUUGAGGAGGGUGCACAGUUGGUGAACAUGAUCGAAAACAGCAUCAGCUCGGCCUGCUGUCAACAACUGAUAGUGGUUCAGAUGACGAUGAUGCCAUUUGUGGUGCCCCACUCGAUCCAGGUGAUUGCAGAAAAUGAACGAGAACUGCCCUCUACUUCUAGAACUUCUAAGUUUGUGAUGUCUAUCUAUCUACUAGUUGCUGUUAUAAAUGAAAACAUCAUGCCGAACACCGACAAGAACAGUGUCCUGUCAAGCGCAUUCAUUGAUGAUGAGAUGCGAGAUCCCAAUUGGAAUGCAAAUCUUUCAGUCAACAACUUGUUGAGGAGGGUGCACAGUUGGUGAAUAUGAUCGAAAACAGCAUCAGCUCGGCCUGCUGUCAACAACUGAUAGUGGUUCAGAUGACGAUGAUGCCAUUGGUCGUGCCCCACUCCAGGUGAUUGCAGAAAAUGAACGAGAACUGCCCUCUACUUCUAGAACUUCUAAGUUUGUGAUGUCUAUCUAUCUAGUUGCUGUUAUAAAUGAAAACAUCAUGCCGAACACCGACAAGAACAGUGUCCUGUCAAGCACAUUCAUUGAUGACGAGAUGCGAGAUCCUAAUUGGAAUGCAAAUCUUUCAGUCAACAACUUGUUGAGGAGGGUGCACAGUCGGUGAAUAUGAUCGAAAACAGCAUCAGCUCGGCCUGCUGUCAACAACUGAUAGUGGUUCAUAGUGGUUCAGAUGACGAUGAUGCCAUUUGUGGUGCCCCACUCGAUCCAGGUGAUUGCAGAAAAUGAACGAGAACUGCCCUCUACUUCUAGAACUUCUAAGUUUGUGAUGUCUAUCUAUCUACUAGCUUGUUGAGGAGGGUGCACAGUUGGUGAAUAUGAUCGAAAACAGCAUCAGCUCGGCCUGCUGUCAACAACUGAUAGUGGUUCAGAUGACGAUGAUGCCAUUUGUGGUGCCCCACUCGAUCCAGGUGAUUGCAGAAAAUGAACGAGAACUGCCCUCUACUUCUAGAACUUCUAAGUUUGUGAUGUCUAUCUAUCUACUAGCUUGUUGAGGAGGGUGCACAGUUGGUGAACAUGAUCGAAAACAGCAUCAGCUCGGCCUGCUGUCAACAACUGAUAGUGGUUCAGAUGACGAUGAUGCCAUUUGUGGUGCCCCACUCGAUCCAGGUGAUUGCAGAAAAUGAACGAGAACUGCCCUCUACUUCUAGAACUUCUAAGUUUGUGAUGUCUAUCUAUCUACUAGUUGCUGUUAUAAAUGAAAACAUCAUGCCGAACACCGACAAGAACAGUGUCCUGUCAAGCGCAUUCAUUGAUGAUGAGAUGCGAGAUCCCAAUUGGAAUGCAAAUCUUUCAGUCAACAACUUGUUGAGGAGGGUGCACAGUCGGUGAAUAUGAUCGAAAACAGCAUCAGCUCGGCCUGCUGUCAACAACUGAUAGUGGUUCAGAUGACGAUGAUGCCAUUUGUGGUGCCCCACUCGAUCCAGGUGAUUGCAGAAAAUGAACGAGAACUGCCCUCUACUUCUAGAACUUCUAAGUUUGUGAUGUCUAUCUAUCUACUAGUUGCUGUUAUAAAUGAAAACAUCACGCCGAACACCGACAAGAACAGUGUCCUGUCAAGCACAUUCAUUGAUGACGAGAUGCGAGAUCCUAAUUGGAAUGCAAAUCUUUCAGUCAACAACUUGUUGAGGAGGGUGCACAGUUGGUGAAUAUGAUCGAAAACAGCAUCAGCUCGGCCUGCUGUCAACAACUGAUAGUGGUUCAGAUGACGAUGAUGCCAUUUGUGCUGCCCCACUCGAUCCAGGUGAUUGCAGAAAAUGAACGAGAACUGCCCUCUACUUCUAGAACUUCUAAGUUUGUGAUGUCUAUCUAUCUACUAGUUGCUGUUAUAAAUGAAAACAUCAUGCCGAACACCGACAAGAACAGUGUCCUGUCAAGCGCAUUCAUUGAUGAUGAGAUGCGAGAUCCCAAUUGGAAUGCAAAUCUUUCAGUCAACAAGUAAGUUUGCCCUUGCUGUUGUCAUGGAAUCACAGCUCAUUGUCAUUAUGGACGGUAUGACCUACAGCGCCAUUAUUCCCUAGUUGUGACUUUCUCUAGUUUCAACUUCCACCACUUCCACCACUCCACCACCAGAGUGGCGCUAGUAGUUCGCAGUAGGCAGAGACAUAGGUUAUGACGUAUCUAUGUCCGUGCCUACUGUGAAUUUUGGCCAUUUUCACAAUAUUUGCCUACACAAUGUACUACGAAAGGAACAAUUCCUUAUGCAUAUACAACGUUACCUUAUUAUAUAUGCAUAGGGGGUCGAAAGGUCAACUAUCAUUUGGAUUGAUGAAUAAAUUAAUUGUAUGGUCACGUGUGAUCACGAAUUGAGGUGAUUUUGUUAAACGGAGGUCUCCUUCAUUGACUUUGGCCCAGGGGUGUUGUCCCUGACUGCCAAAAAAAUCAAAAUGGCUGCCUACAGUAAUGUAGUUCCGAUUCCCGCCACCGGUAGAUCGCAGAUGGCGCUGCUACUUUUGACUAAUGCCAUUUCAAUGAAACAGUGUACAAUUUUUAAACUCUCAUAAAAUUUAAACCGAUAGACCGAUUUCGAUGAACUAAAGCUUAAAAUGAUCUCCUUUCGAUUCUGAACAACUUUCUCGCAGGUUGUAGGGGUCUAUCUUAAAAAAUGAAAAAGUUUUGAAAAGUGAUGAUGGGAAUCCCCAACCCUGCAAUCAUCAUGUCUAUAAAGAGAACAUUCAAUGUGGUACCUGAGUUUUCACUGCUGCUGGAAUCAUGUUUGUAUCUGGUAAAAAACACGUAGACAAAGUGUUUAGGAGAGAUUCAUACAUGGGAAUGUGAAUAUUAUAGAUUUUUGGUUGGACUUGUGAAUUUCCAGGAAAUUUAUUUUUGUCAGAAAUUCUUACAACCGACUAGGUAAUACAGGGGUAAGGGUAAUCGUUUUUCCUUCAUCACAAACCAAUGCAUUGCAUUGCAUCAUUUUUUCAAAACACGCGAAUUGAGUGAAAAAAAAUGCAAAUGUACAUGUUUGCCCUUGCUGUUGUCAUGGAAUCACAAUUAUGACAUUGUGCUCAUGUAGAGACGACAUCACAUAUAUGUGUGUACUUUUGGGUGGAGGGAAUUUUAAGGUAGUUGAGGAGAGUUGUUCAUGGAGAACAUAUUGAGUCAGGAGGACACAUUAUAUAGAGGAUAAACUAUUCCAGUACACAUGACAAAGAAUGAUCGCAAGCAAGAGACCUGGGCCGGCCCAUCAUAUGGAGUGACUGUAUGAGUGGAAUACAACCACCAGUGUCAGUAAGUGAUGACAAACUUUUCAGUGAGCACAAACAAGGAAUUGACUGAUUUUGAUUUUGAUUCAUCACUGUUUAUUGCAAUGCUUUCUUUGCUCUUCCAGUUGCUGUUAUAAAUGAAAACAUCAUGCCGAACACCGACAAGAACAGUGUCCUGUCAAGCUUUGACAGCCCUAGACCUGGUGUCAGAUUGCUGUGUUGCUAAAUGCAAUUGUGAAAUAAUUC